UUGACAUACUUGGAAAACUGAAUUCUCUAGAGCAAACAUAAAUACUCCACCCCUGUCUCUAGGUAUUUGUUGCAGAUAAAAGCACCCCCACAAACCAUCGGAAGUCAUCGAAGUACAUCUGUGGCAAACAAUGGAAGGAAGCUCACUCAAACGAUCCCCAACAACCGGUUCAAGAUGUCAGGAAGAACUUGUUGAAAUGCAGCCCAUUUCGAAACGCACUCGGAGGUGUGUACUCCUCCGAAUGUUGGAAGAGAUUCGUGCUGUGAAAAAAGAAAGCAUGGAUGCGAUUGAAGAAAUCGAGGAAGAACUUCAUGGUGGAACAGCAAGACAUGAUUUGGAGCGUGAACAGAUUGCAGUAGGCUGUAAGAAAGGGAAAGGGAAACAACCGGCACCAGUCAUUGCUGCCGGGCAUGGAAGAAAAACCUAUCAUGCAGCUGUUUACCGUGCUUCAUUUCAACCCUCUGCAUCCAAAAUAAGAAAAUCUUAUUCAGGGUCAGGCAAACAAAAUGGUGAGGCAGCCACCUUUGCAAUGACCAAUGAUGGCGCAGCAAUGCGGUGUGAAGUCAAGAAGGAAGCCCCUUAUUCUGGAAGUUGUGGUAAUGGUGAAAGGCGAACACGGGAAAUAAAGGAUCACGGAACCACCAACGCCUCAAGGUAA